AGCCGCCUCGGCCUCGAGGGUGCGGCCGGCGGGCCCCGCCCCCCGCCCAGACAGCCCACCCGCAUAGUAUUAAUCAGAACGGGCAGCCUUCCCAAGGUGACUUUUGCAUCCUUCCCCUCCGGCGCAUCCUUGGCCCCCCCAGAGGGCGUCGCCCGAUGGGCGACCCGGAGACGAGCGGCCGCGAGGAUGUCCCGGCGGAGGGCGCAGUCUCGGGCGAGGCCCCCGGCGCCCUGGCGGCCCUGGAGGAGCAGCUGUCUCAAGAGGUCCCCCUUCUGCUGGAGUCGAUGAACCGCACCUCCGCGGAGGUGAACAUGUUCGAGGCUCGAGCCGGAGAGGCGCAGCAGCGGUACCAGGACCUGCUGGCCGAAUGGAGCCAGAUGUACGAGUCCCUGCACGCGCAGUUCGGCAGCGCCAUCGACCGCGUCAAGCCCUACUUCGACGCCGCGCAGGUGUUCGCGGCGACGUCGCAGAGGGUGCAGGGAGCCGUGCGGGAGUUCUCCACCGCCUCCUCCCUGCACGCGCGCGCGAAGGAGCGCCUGAACGAGCUGGAGCGGAGCAUGGAGCCGGGCGCGCACAACGUGCCGCUCGACGGGGACAUGCAGGAGGGCCUCUCCCGCGCGACGGUGGAGGUCACCCGCUGCCAACGGGAGCGCGACCGGCUCGAGGGCGAGUACGCGAAGGUGUUGAGGGAGUACCAGAAGAGCCAGGAGGACUUGGAGGCGUGGCGCGCCCACAUCGGCGACACCACGAUCAAGCGCACGCUGCCCUGCUUCCGGCAGCUGCACCAGCAGCAGCUGAAGCUAGCCUCGGAGCAGAACCGGGCUCGGGCAUCAACGCCCUCGGCGACCGCGCCAGGGCCGCGAAGAGCGCCUACGGCGCCUCCCUGCGCGAGCUGGACCGCAUCAGCACCGCCAUCCACGCGGCGCGGCGAGACCACGCCGAGGCCGGGCCGGCGCCCGCGCCGGCGGCGUCCGGCCCCGGGAGGCCCGGCGCGCCGAGGCCCGAGGCGGCCGCCAAGCCGGAGGACUCCCCAGAGGCGACGCCGGAGGUGGCUCCGGAGGUCGCGCGCGUCUUCGGCGAGGAGUGCGCGGGCUGCUCGAAGGGGCAGGCGCGUGCUCCGCCGUGGCCGCCGGCGGCCGCCUUGUCGGCGCAGGAGGACGACGGGCCGUUCGCGUGAGCGCCGCCGUUCUUUGUGUGUCGAGGCCUCCCAGAUGGUGGAAGAAUGUGGACCAUCUAGGCGGCCUCGACGUUGUCGAUGUUGACCAUCUAGGCGGCCUCUAGUGUGGGGCGGGGGCGCUUGCCAGAUGCUGCACGUGCCCUGCAAGCGCGAUGGGGUUGUGCUUCUGAGAACCGAUCUUUGGGCGAUGGGGGGCCGAUGCGUUCCAAUUUGAGCCUGUCCCCCCAGGUAGGAAUGCAGCUCUGAAGGUCUAAGAACCUAGCGAGCCGCCUUGCGCCCAGCGGACGCGCUUGGAGGCGCACGUUUGGUCUUGCCGUUCCUCCUGCUGUUCCGAGCUCUCGAUCAUCCUCAUCCUCCGCGGGCUGCUUUGCACUGCAUAGGGAUGCUCGCAUUCGAGUCGUUCGGCUUUCUCUUCGGACUGCGCUCAGCACAUUCU